UGCCCUUUUUGAAUCCCCAUUUUAAGCUAAAUUUUCUCAUAUUUUCCUUGUUUGAAAUCCAAUGCUAUAUCAAUUUGCUACCUACUCAACUCAACCAAACAUUUCAAAACCCUCCUAGGAGUGCCAAUUACCAUGAAACUCAAGGACUUGCGCCAAAAGCUCAAGGCAUUUAGUGUGAAAAGUUUCUUCAAGGGAAAUGAUGAUAAUGAUGUAAGAGGGUUGAAGAAUGGUAAGAAACUACCAUGGAUGAUGCCAAUUUCACAUGGAUAUUAUGUGGUCGAGGUCGUGGUCGUGGUCGAGGACCGAUCAUGGAGAACAGAAGGCAGUGAGAGUGAGUUAGAACAACCAGAUAGAGUGGUUGUGCAAAGAGAAGAAAUGGGUAAUCUUGAGUUGUGGUUUUAUGAUGUUUCUAAUGCUGUAAUUGCUGAAUCCAUUUGUAGGUACUUGCAAACAAAUCUUUUUGAUAUAAACCUCAAGGAGUCUAUGGUGAGUAGAAAGGGCAAAGAAACAAUCCGAAAGGGAUACCUUAAUGCACGAGCAAAGCUCGACACUGAUAAACCAGAAAAGAUAGCGAAUGUUGGUUCCGCAUCAGUGAUGGCAAUUGAUGGCGAAAAACUUGUGAUCGUUCAAAUGGGUGGUCAUAAAGCUAUUGUGUGCAGAGAUGGCGUCGCUCACCAAUUGUGCACGACAAAUCGGUACACAGGAAAAGGGUAUUGGCCUCAACGCUUGAUAGCAGGGGCAAUGCGUAUUCCAAGAGAAUAUAUACAAGCAUGCCACUCUGGGAUUGAACAAACUAGGAAGCACGAAAAUAGUUCAGAACUGCUUGUUGCUACGGAAAGAAUAGAUUCAGAAACCGAAUUCAUCAUCUUAGUAAUGAGAAAUCAAGAGGCUGUGGAUCUUAUAAGGCACAUAGAUGAUCCCAAGGAAGCUGCACAAUGCUUAGCAAGGGAAGCCUUAAAUAGUAUGAGCAGGAGCAGAAUUUCUUGUUUGAUUAAUUAA